AUGGUUCUCCUUGCUUGUGUACAUGCUGCAGUGAUUGGCUGGGACGCUUGCAAGUGGCGGGACCCCCCUCCAGAGGAUGCCGAGAUACACCAGUACAUCGGCAUCGACCCGGGGCGGACCAAGAUGUUCACGGCUAUCGACAAACACGGUAACGCGACAUCCUGCUCUUCAAAGAAGUUCCACGCCGUGUCGGGGUCCAAGCGGCGGCAGAAGACCAUCGCGAAGUGGCACGCCGGGGCCCCAGACUAUGUCAAGGAGCUGCACCAGUGCCCAACCCACAAGACAGCCAGCACCGAGGUGCUCCUGUCAUGUGUCGCGUGGAUCCUCUCCAACCUGCGACGGUGCCUGGCCUGGCACAGGGACGGGAAGCCGUUCCGCAAGCUCCGGCACCAGGCCUACGUCGGCAGGGAGCGGGCCAUCGUGCGGCUGGCGGAGCAGUUUCGCGCCCCCGAGGCAUGA